AUGCCUGAUCAAGGAAAAUUUGCUAUCCAAGGUUUCAAUUUAGUUAAACUUUUAAAAAGAUUAGAAGAUGCUACUGCUCGUUUAGAAGAUGUGACCCUUUACCAAGAAGGUUAUAUCCAAUCUAAAAUAGAAGAAAGAACUCAUGCAGCUAAAAACACUACAAGUGAUGAUUCAACACCUGUUAGCGAUUCAAAUUCCAGUUGUGUGGGAGUUAGUAAAGAAACAAAGAAACAAGAAGAUAGAGACGCUAAUGUGCUUGAACCUACAAUUAAAGAAAUUGAUGAAGAAACCCCAAAAUCUGUUUUGGAAUUUGAAGCUUUUCUCAGUGAGAAUAUUGAUAAAUUAUUAAACAUAUCUGAAAAGAUUGAUCCAUUACUAUUAGAAUCUAUUAAAUUGUUUAAGAAGUCGUUUUUAGUCCAAUUGGAUUUAAUUAAUUUAGCUGUUAAAGCUCAACAACCAGAUUAUUCUUCUCCUGAGUUUAUGAACAUAGUUAAACAGAUUAAUGAAAAUAUUACAUCUAUUACUGAAUUAAAGGAUAAGAACCGUCAAAGUCUUGUCUUCUCCUAUUUGAACGCUGUUGUAGAAGGUGCUUUAGUUUUAUCAUGGUUUGCUAUACCAACACCACUUUCCUUUAUAUCAGAUAUAAAGGAUGCUGCUCAAUUUUGGACAAAUAAAGUUUUGAAAGAAUUUAAGGCGAAUGAUCCAAACUCCGCUGAAUGGGUCACCACUUUUUUGAAGUUAUUUGAUAAUUUGAAAGUAUAUGUUAAAGAAUAUCACACUACAGGAUUAAAAUGGAAUAAUACGCCAUCGGCUAUAGAUUUUAAAGAGGCAGUAGCCCAAAUGCAAAGCAUAUCUUCCUCUAAUGUACCAGUUGCUGUCGUUACCGAUGCCCCCGCUGCUGCUGCAUCAGCUCCACCACCCCCUCCAGCCCCACCAGCAUCUGUCUUUGAGGUUAAAACUAACGAUUCUGAAAGUGCUUCCUCUGGUGGCAUGGACGCAGUCUUUGCAGAAUUAAAUCAAGGUGAGGAUAUUACUAAAGGUUUGAAAAAAGUAGAUAAAUCACAACAAACCCAUAAAAACCCAGAAUUACGUGCUGGUUCUACAGUGCCAGGUUCUUCCUCGACUACCACUAAAUCUGGCGUGCCACCACCAAAACCAAAAAAACCUUCCACUUUAAAAACAAAGAAGCCACCAAGAAAGGAGUUAAUAGGCAAUAAGUGGUUCAUUGAAAACUAUGAUUCUCAACCUAAUGAGGGUGGACCAAUCCUUGUCGAGGCUAAUAAGGAUGAAUCAGUUUUUAUUGGUAAAUGUUCCAAUGUAUUUAUUCAAAUCAAGGGGAAAGUUAAUGCUAUAUCUUUAAGUGAAACAGAGAAGUGUUCACUUUUAUUGGAAUCAUGUAUAUCUGGUUUAGAUAUUGUUAAAUCCAACAAAUUUGGCGUUCAAGUGGAGAAUUUUUUGCCCCAGAUAUCUAUUGACAAGUCUGAUAAUGGUAGUAUUUAUCUUUCAAAGGAAUCAUUAAAUACAGAAAUCUUCACUUCUUGUUCGACCACUAUAAAUGUUAAUUUACCAGUUGGUGAAGAUGAUGAUUUCGUGGAGUUUCCAAUCCCAGAACAAUUAAAACAUACAUUUUCGAAUGGUAAGUUGACUUCUUCUGUAUUUGAACAUAUGGGUUGA